GCACGUGGAGGAAGAAGAUCCCAAGGCCAAAAGCCCUGCCCAAGAAGAGGCGGAAACACAAGGCCAAGGAGAUGCGGAAGUCACUUCCGAGAAGGCUGGAGAGGGCGCUGGCGACAUAGUCGUUUUCCCGAAGAACUUCGGAGAUCCGGCGGACACCACUUCCACCCCCAAGGCGUAUGCCACCAAGUUUUUUAACAAGCUGACUGAGGCGGAGAAGUGGGAACUUGAACAAGACCUGCUCAACGCCAUGCUGAACAACGCCUGGGGGAAGCCGGAUUCCAGGACAUCGGAGAUCCAGGACUUCAAGAAAAACAUUGGCCAGUUCUGCGAUCAACUUAUCUGCAAGCAAAAGGAACAGCAGGCGCUGCACUACGAGCUGCACAAGAACAUUGCCCUGCAGCGCCGCGUUACUCUGAGUCAGGCGGAAAAUAUCCGGACCCUGAAGGAUGAGAAUGCGGAACUGGCUAAACAACUGGCAGACGCCCAAGGCGCAUCCUCCUCCCUUGCAACAGCUUCGACUGAACAUGAGAACCUGCGCUCCUCGUACCAAGAAUUGGAGACGAAGCUAAAGGAGGCGGAACUUAAGAGGGAGCAGGCCGAAAAGCAGCUGGCGGAGAAAAACUCCGAGCAUAUCAGGGAGAAGGGCGAGCUGGAGCUGAAAAAGAAUGCUGACAGCGAGACCAUCAGGAGGCAGCAAAAAGAGCUCAACGGACUCCGGAAAUUUAUGGAGACAGCGGAGCAGCACUGGGACUUGCUCAAUGAGAACAUCUUGGAGCCGCUUGGGUACCCGGAACAGCGCCGGAAUUUGUUCCCACGAGACGAUCUUCUGCAACUCGCGGGUGAUGACUGCAAGGAUCUCAUCUCCGCCUCCCGCAAAAUAUGCCAUAACUUGAACAUCAAAAGGAGCCGCACUUGUGACGUGCGCAAGCUUAUUGGUAAGAUGGACGUUCUGCCGGAGCUGGUGACUGAUCUACAAGCAUCUUCAGCCCGAGGCGCAGCUGCAAUGGCCUUGACCAUGUGCCUAGCACAUACUCCGGGUCUUGAUCUUGAUGAAGUGACCACGGGCGUUCCUCCGGAUGCGGACGUCGGCGAGCUGCUGGAUGCAGUGAGCGGCUACGACACCCGCAUCGCGCGCAGGAUCCGGCACGAGGAAUUCUACGACAAGGUCGUCCUCGCUGCUGACGAGCCCUUAGAAGCGGAACUUUUGAAGGAUCUCGACGCCCAGGCGCGACCUGCGGAAUCCGGAGCCGAGUUUACCUGGACCAGCUCCAAGGAUGCGCCCCAAGAAGAACCCAAGACCAGCACUGCUGCUUCCGAAGAAAAGGAAAGUGAAGAAGACGUAUCUUCUCCGGCCGAAGGCGCCAAGGAACAAGAUCCAGAGGGCAAGACUUCUCCGGCUAAGGGGGAGUGAGAACUUUUAUUCCUGCGGGAAAAGCAAUGCAUCAUUUUGGCCCCAGCGAGGGUUUGUAAUAAGACUUUAAAUUCUUAAGUAGCUAGGAACGAAACAAUUAUGCAUGGGGCGGAAACACUUAUCCUGCUAUCCGUUAAAUAUUAUGUGCAUGUUUCGUUUUAUGUCGGAAAGC